AUGCCCACCUACACCGGCAAAUGCGACUGCGGCCAGACGACCUGGGAAGUCGAGCUCGACAAGGACACUGCCUCGCACAUCCUCUGCCACUGCAACACCUGCAAGCGGCUGUCCGGCGGCGCCUUCACGCUGAACCAGAUCAUCCCCAAGGACUCGCUCAAGUUCACCAAGGGCGGCGAUGAGCUGAAGAAGUACACCUACAGCGGCGAGUCGGGCAAAGAGGUCCACUGCUACUACUGCCCAAACUGCACCACGCACCCGUACCACCACCAGACGGCGCUGGGCGACGACAAGAUCAUCCUGCGGACGGUGCUGCUCACUCCCGAGGGCACGACCGAGUUCCAGCCCGCGGCCGAGAUCUUCGGCAAGCUCAAGAUGGGCUGGGAGAAGGAGGUUGCCACCACCUUCGAGACGUUGCCGCCGCAGUAG